GUUUAUUUUUUUCGUUCUCACCGUGCGUUUCUCUCGUUCGCGGACUACGACGACGAAACAAGUGGGUGUCCGACCGUAAUGUGAUUACGGUGACUUGUGUGUCGUGUUCGCUUGUGCACCCGUCCGUGUUUACGUGUGAUUUUCGAUAAGACUUGCCCGAGCCAUUCGACGGACGAAUCAUUUUAACAAUCGCGGAACUUGAAGCCGCAAACGCGCUACGAUAUACAUUCCACAGUUACAUUGCCGCGCGCGUGCGCGUUUGUUUGCGCCAAACUCUGUAGCAGUUCUGUAGCCGUUUGGUUGAAGACUUCCGGAGAAAAUACCGCGUUUAAACGGAAAAACAUAAAGAUAGAGGUAUAAUGGAAGGUAUUCAAAAUACUAUUAGCCAUGGUAAACCAAUACCUAUUGUCUUGGCAGAAGAGAGCCAUCAGUUUAUUUUGGAUGAAGAAGCCCUUGAAGAAAUACUCCUUAAGGAUGAAAUUAAAGACAGAAAUGUUGUUGUUGUUUCUGUUGCUGGGGCCUUCCGCAAAGGCAAAUCAUUUUUACUAGAUUUCUUCCUCAGAUACAUGAAGGCAACUUAUCAUUUAAAUCUAAUCAAAGAAGACACUCUUUGGAUCGGUUCAGAUGAUAAACCAUUAGAUGGAUUUUCAUGGCGUGGUGGAUCUGAAAGAGAUACUACAGGUAUAUUGAUGUGGUCAGAAGUAUUUAAAGCCACUUUAGAAAAUGGAGAAAAAGUAGCUAUUAUACUCUUAGAUACUCAAGGUACAUUUGAUAGUGAGAGUACAGUCAAAGAUUGUGCUACAGUUUUUGCAUUAAGUACUAUGCUUAGCUCAAUACAAAUUUACAACCUAUCACAAAAUAUACAAGAAGAUGAUUUGCAACAUUUACAGCUAUUUACUGAAUAUGGACGUCUAGCGCUUGAAGACACUGGUAAAAAACCAUUUCAGAAAUUACAGUUCUUGGUUAGAGAUUGGAGUUUUCCUUAUGAAGCUGAUUAUGGUGCAGAAGGUGGCCAACAGAUAUUGGACAGAAGACUGCAAAUAUCUGACAAACAGCACCCAGAACUUCAGUCUCUAAGAAAACACAUAAAAUCAUGUUUUUCUGAGAUCAGUUGCUAUUUAAUGCCUCAUCCUGGCUUGAAGGUUGCUACUAAUCCAAAAUUUGAUGGCAGGCUUUCAGAUAUUGAAACCGAGUUUAAGCAGAAUCUCUUAACAUUGAUACCAAUGUUAUUAAGACCCAAUAAUUUAAUAUUGAAAGAGAUUAGUGGACAAAAAGUAAAAGCUAAAGAGUUAGUCCAGUACUUCAAAUCAUAUAUUAAUUUAUUUACGGGAGAUGAAUUACCUGAACCAAAGUCUAUGCUUGUUGCAACUGCAGAAGCAAAUAACUUGUCAGCUGUAGCAUCAGCUAGAGAAGUGUACCAUCAAAUGAUGGAAGCUGCUUGUGGUGGUAACAAACCAUACAUGAACACCAAUUCUUUAGAUGAGGAGCAUUUGUUAAGCAAAGAUAAGGCAAUGGAACAAUUUAUUAUUAAAAGAAAAAUGGGCGGUGAUGAAUUUUCAGAAUCCUAUAAACUAAAAUUAGAAGCUGAUAUCGAUGAAGAAUACUUACAAUUUAAAGCACAUAAUGAAAGCAAAAAUAUAUUUAAAUCUGCUCGUACACCAGCUGUAUUCUUUGCUAUUGCAGUUGCAUGUUAUUUCAUAUCUGGAACACUAAACUUCUUUGGUGUAAAUUCCGUAGCCAGUGGUAUUAAUUUAAUUAUGGGCAUUACUCUUCUCAUUCUCGUUCUAUGGGCUUAUAUAAGGUAUAGCGGAGAACACAGAGAAAUAAGUGAAACUAUUGAUGAAGCAGCUAAUAUUUUGUGGGACAAUUUCAUGAAACCAUGCUAUGAAAUUUUCCUUCAAAAAGGCAUAGAGCAAGCCACUAAUAAAGCAAUAAAUAUGGCUGUAAAUAACUCAACUUCAACCAUGUCUAAUGUACAAUCACCAUUUGGCAAGAGGCCUAUGCAAAGAAUGAAUUCUCAUGUUGAGAUGAACGGCAGGUUUAAAAAGUCAUGA